AUGCGUCCUCGCUCGCUGUUCUUCUCCGCGCUGUGCAAAUGCACGCGCGAGAGACCGUCCUCUCCUUCUCUCUUCUGCCUUCUCUCCGUCACGCUCCUCCUUUCUCUUGCCGACUCCUCUCUCUGGCUCUCGCACCCUUCCCUCGGUGACUCCUCGGCCUCGUUCCUCCUCCCCGUCUGCGAGGCCUCCCAACAUCCCUCUUCCUCUUCUCGUGCUUCGCCUUCUCCAUCUCCUUCCCUUUCUUCUGCACCCUUUCCUGUCGCUUUUGAGCGCGCGACCGCCUGGGGGGCAUAUCGGCCGGCAGCGUAUUUUUCUCUCCGUGCCGCGACGCAUGCACGCGGCUUCCUCACAGGCCUCGCGUGGGGUGGCGAGGGCAUCGUCUCGUCCACAGCUUUGCACUCGGCGCUCGCACACGCCUCGCACCCCUCGGGCCUCGCACAGACUUCCCCAGACAGCGAAGGCGCGCGCCUCGCCCCAGGCGCGCCGCAGGGCGAAGAUCCUCUGGAGUGGGAGAGGGCGAGACGGAAGCGAGAACAGGUUCACCACCUCAUCAGGGAUGAGGACAUCCUGGACGACAGACGCUGCAAGGGGGGGUCGAAAGGCGAGAGCGAGACGACCGUGGCUGUGGAUGCAUGCACGGAGGGAACGCAGUUCCAGUGGAAAGAACACGACGGACUCUUUUACGGCAGCCAGGACAUCCUGCACCGGCGACGCGUUUCUCCGGGGGCGCGGCCCGUGGACACGGAGGACUUGAAGAUUCGAACCACGUUCGCCAAGCAUCCCGUGCACGCGGACAAAAUCUUCUCCUUUCGGCUCUCGGCCUCAGUCGAGCGCGGCGAGCGCGGCCAGGCCGCAGAGCGAAACCAGGCCGCGACGGUCGCUUCCCUCUUUGUCUACUUCACGUCGGAAGACGAAGAUUUCGCCGUGUUUCUCCACCCGGACACGAAGCGCCAGAAGAUACAGGCGGCUCGUCGCCUGUAUCUUCUGGGGCGCGGAGACAGCGCUGCGGAGGACCUCUUGGCCGUGGUCGAGACGAAGCUGCAAAGGCGCGAGCGCGGCGAGGGCGAGAAAGGAGACAGAGACGCCGCGUUUGGGAUCUUUUUCGGCAGCUCGCUUCUGUCCUGUGCGGCGACCCAGGCGUGGGAUGCCGCCUCGCACAUUGAGCACCUGCUGCGCAAAUCGCACGAGAAGCCCGCAACCUCGAGAGGCGAGGGGCUCGACGCGUUUCGCCACCUUCCCAACGAAGAAGAAGAAGACGCGAACUUCUUCGCGCUGCAGGUUCUCGGGUCGGUUCCCGCGAAAGCUGCAAAAGAACACAGAGACGAGACAGACGAAGAGGACGACGGAGACACCUGGGAGGAAGAGGCCGAGGAAGACGCACUCGUCAUUGACGUUCACGUCUUCACCGGUGGCAUUCUGGGGAAGGGAGACGCGCGGAUCGACGGCGCGAAUCCACGCGCCCAGACCUCGGCUCCUGGCCGUCCGCAACAGGCAAACAGCCGCUGUGACUUUGACUGCCUGUCUUCUCUAUCUAUUGAAGAAAUCGACAAGCGCAUCCAAGCGUUCCUCUUCAGUUCUUCCUCUCCGUCCUCUCCCUCGUCGCUCUCUCCCUCUGCUUCCUCUCCCUCGUCGCUCUCUCCCUCGUCUUCCUCUCCCCUGGGUGGUCACCUGUCCUACCUCGCUCGCCUGUAUUCGCGUCUUUUCCAUCUCCACCUCGAGGCGACCUUUCCCGGACCUUCGCCGCUCGCGCUGCGUUCCGCGAUGAUUUCGAAUCUUCUGGGAGGGCGCGGCUUCUUCGCGGGAAAGCUGCCGGUGUCUCCAGCUGCGCAUGAGGCGGCGCCGCUCGAGUCCCGGGACGAGGAGGAGCAGACGGCCUCUGAGGGAGAGCGGCCGGCGAAGCCAGAGCACGAUGCACCGGGGAGGCUUCUGGGCGACCUCGCGCUCUUCUCCUUCGUUCCCGCCCGAAUGAAAUUCCCACGUCCUUGCCUGUGGGAUGAAGGCAUGCAUGAACUCGUCGCCCUCGAGUGGUUCCCCCUCCUCGCAGCACAAAACCUCGUCUCGUGGAUGCAGAUGCUCAAGACUUCCGACCAAAUCUACCCAGGCAAGUCUCGCCUCUUUCUCCUCUCUCGUUCUUCUUUUCUCUCGUUCGGCUCCUCUCUCUUCCUUUCUCUUCGCCUCUGCCUUUGUCUCGCUUCCUCUCGGUUUCGUUGCAGCGAAAUGGCUAUGGGCAUGCCGCCGGCGUUCCUCGUGCAACAUCCUGAAGCGGGGAAUCCGCCGACGCUAGUUUUCGCGCUCGAGAAACUCGUGGAUAUCGCCGCGCAGGCGCCGAGGCUGCGUCACCCGCUCUUCCGGCUGCUGACUCAGAACCGCCUUCCCUCGCGGGACCAGAUCGAGGGGAUUGCGGCUCUCGCGGUCGCUGGGGGAAAACGACGCGGCCAGAGCGAAACCAAACGCGGCGGCCAGACCCCCGCUUCGCUCCUCUCGGAAUUGGUCGCCCUCACAGACGGACCAGACGGAAACUCCUCGGCGGAGGCGUCACUCUCCACAGUCCUCGCAAACUGCAUCCAAGCAAUUGCUCCUCUCCUCACACAAUGGAUCAACUACUACGUACACAUGCACACAACAAUCAUUGACGAAGCUCCAAACACCUCUUCUUCGCCCACCUCCUCGUCUUCUGCGCCCACCUCCUCGUCUUCUGCGCCCACCUCCUCGUCUUCUUCGCCCACCUCCUCGUCUUCCUCGCCCACCUCGUCUUCUUUGCCAACUCCUCCUCCCUCGUCUUUGUCUUUGCUGUUGGAUCCUCGACGGUAUCCAAAGUGGCACGAGCUGCCGCCCUCGGCCCCAGCGGCUUCCUUCAGCAGCGGGUUGGACGACUUUCCUCGUCCACUCCAAGUUUACGACAGGGCGGAAGAAGCGGAACCCCCUGCAGCCCACCUCGACCUGCACGUGUGGUUUCUCGGUCUCCUGCGAGGAGCCGAGCGCGUCUGUGCAUUUCUGGAGAAUCGGACAGCCGGCGGACCUCGGGACACACAGCGCACAAAGGAAAGCAGAGCCUGCCGAGAAACGUAUGGACCAGCUCUCGCUUCUCUCAUUGUGAAGCUGCUGGGUGUCGAUACACCCCAGUCCGUCUUCACCUCCCUCCUCGUCUCCGACUCGUGCUCCGCUCCUUCCUCUGCUGGAGUGUGCAACUGGAGAGUGCAGCCGCCGACAGCGUCGAGUCUGUACUUGCACGCUGCCGGGAUCCUCGUGGACUUUGCGACAAAACAGCCGCUUGUGAAGACAAGACGCGAGGACGAGCCUCAGCGCCUCGUCCCCGUCCCGGUGUGGCCGUGGAGAGAAGACGGAAGGUGCGGCCGGGAGUUCCCGAUCGCGACGGGUCGCCCCGCGCUGUGCAACCCGCUCUCUGCGAGCCCGUGCUGCUCGGCGGCGGGGUUUUGCGGGGCGUCUCAGGAGUACUGCGCAUGCGCUUCUUGUUUCCGCACGCCGGCGCUCACAGAACGGCGGUUCUGGGGCUACGAAGCCGUCGGACCCGCGCCCUCGUCCUACGUCGGCGUACCGUCGCUGCUCCCCCUCGCCCUCGGCCUGCUGCCGUGGCGCGGCCACCUUCCCUUCCUCGUGGCUUCGGGCCCAGAAGGCGACGCGCGCGCGGCGCGACCGGCGGCGAGCGGAGACACCGGAGACGCGCGCGAAGCAGGGGACGUGCUUCUGCGCCGAGUCAUGGACGUGGCUGAGAAUGAAGAGCUGGGCUUCUCCAGUGCGUUCGGCCUCCGUAGCCUGCGCAAAGGGGACGCGCUGUACCACCAGGCGAGCGACUACUGGCGAGGCGACGUGUGGAUUCACAUCAGCGCCUUUGUUCUGAGCGGCAUUCGACGCUUCUAUUUGAACGGCCUGACUGCGCGGGAGAUGCAGCCCGGAGACGAGAGACACACGGCGUUCUUGAAGAACUUUUACGCCACCGUGCGAAGAAGAGUGCUGCUGACCGUCGAGAGAGAAUGGGAGAGAAAGCAACAAUUCUACGAGAGAUACAGCGACAUCGACGGAACCGGCAAAGGCCCUUUCCCGUUCGCCGGCUGGACGACCAUGUACCUUUUGCUCCUCACGGAGAAAUAA